CGUCGUCGAAAGCGCCUCCUGACAACCAUGCUGCUCCCCCUCCUGACUCUCCUGCUCGUCCUCCUCCCCUUCUACAUAAUCUACAAGCCCCCGAGCCUUCUCAUCCGCUACUUCCAACGCCGCUGGCCCGACGUCCUAUGGCAAGUCCAGCUCCGCGCCUCCUCCUCCUCCUCCUCCUCCUCCUCCUCACAGCCCCUCGUGGCGCUGACCUUCGACGACGCCCCCUCCGACUACACCCCGGAAAUCCUCAGCCUGCUCCGCGAACACGACGCCAGGGCCACCUUCUUCGUUAUCGGCGACCAUAUCCUGGGCCGGGAACAGACGCUCCGCGAUGUCGUCGGCGCGGGCAACGAGCUCGCCAACCACGCCAUGUUCGACCAGCCCUCGCGCGAUCUCAGCGACGAUGAGCUCGCGGCCCAGAUCCAGGCCGUGCAGUCGAGGAUCCAGCGGAUCUAUGCUGCCGUGGGGAGGACGGCCGAGGCCCAUGACGAGCUAACGCCUGGUCGCUACUUUCGUCCUGGCUCCGGGUUCUUCACGGAUAGAAUGCGUGCCCUGGUUCGCAAGGAAGGCUUCCAGCUUGUGCUGGGGAGUGUUUACCCCCAUGAUGCGCAGAUUAAUGUACCCUGGAUCAAUGCAGCGCAUGUUUUGAGUAUGGUCAAGCCGGGCAGUAUUAUUGUCGUUCAUGAUCGGAGACCCUGGACUGUGCCGAUGCUGGCUAAAGUGUUACCGGAGUUGAAGCGCAGAGGAUACCGUGUGGGCACUGUAACAGAUUUACUGAAGGAAGGUAUU